UGAGCGGGCCAAUCGAGUACACAAAUCAGGUUGUCGAGUUUCGUCUGAUGUUUGUUUUAAGUGGCUAUGCCCACUCGCCGUAAAAAUGUUGACUUAAACAGACUGAAACGUUCUUGUAAACGAAGCAAGGUAUUCGAGUUACUAUCUUUAGCUUACGUCCAAUACCUCCUGAUAUUCACAAUAUGGGGAGUACUGUUCGUAGUAAAUCAAUCAACGGACAUGAGGUUUGAGUACUUUUGGCCUGUUUGGCUAUCUGUGUGCUCGAUACAUGACUCACUGAAGUUUCAAGGACUGCAAUACACAAUUGUCUUUAUUAUUAUUUUGAUUACAGUUGAUCUAAUGUGUUUCUUCUUGGUCCCUGUAUCAUGGGUUUACACAUUCGGUAGUGCGUAUGUGUGGUUAUACCUUUUGCGACAUACUGAUCAAGGGUUGUGUUUCCUCACUUUGUCGCUGUGUUUUGUUUUCAUAUAUUUCGAAUUUAGUCUCUACACAAAAGCGACGAAAUCUACUCACAGCAUUUAUGUUUUUCGUCCGUUUGCAGCACACAGUAUUGGCUACUCGGUAGUCUGUGUGGGAUUUUCUCUAAAACGGUACCUGGAUAUCAGCUAUCGAGAUUUUAAAAGAAUGAAUGUUAGAAGGCAAAAUUACUUGCAUUUUCGAAUUCUUUAUGAAGCUCUCCCACCGUCGUUGGUAAAUGACAAUGCUUACGUUCAGCAUAGCCUUGAUUAUUUUCAAAAGGAUUCCCUAGAAGUUCAUGAUGUUGCAAUGUCUGAUGAUUUCUCAUCAGAUUUUUCUAGUCGAUCGGUAUUCAUACUUUUUCGCUUUGGUCAGUCGUGUUUUGGUCGUUUAGUUCGAUGGACUUUCAGCUAUCUUAGAUCUGUUGAUAAACAAUACUUGGAUUUUGAUAGUGGAACUGCACGUUUUAACCAUUCCUCGACUACAAUAGUAAAUGGAGUAAUAUCAAAUACAUGUGUUGCUGAUGCUGGACGACGUCGAGCUGUACAGUGCCUUGAGUCAAGUCCGUCCGGAUCACAAAUUAGUCGUCGAUAUACCACAGAGAAUUCAGUGAACCUUUACUCUAAUUCUAAACCUACAGUUAAUGGUUGUGUUCCUAAGCAAUCUAGUGGUGGGAAACCAGGACGUGAACGAGGUGCUAAGGAAGAUCCAGUAACAAGAUUAGAGAGUAACGUUAGACGUCUCCGUUCCGAAUUACAGUCCAUGCGUGGACUGGAAACACAAUUGCGUAACCAGUUAAACAGUCUUCAACAUGACGAUCAGCUCAAUCGACUCAGUUUGUCCAACCAACGUCAAGAGAACGAGGGUAUUUCAUCACGUAUUUCAAAGCUAACUAAUAAAUGCCGUACUGAACGGGUUAAUUUAAACACAAUUGAGCAAAAUUUAGGUGAAGAAGUUCGUUUGCGUCAGUUGGUUGAAGCUCAACUCACUGAAAUAGGUGUAAUUCCUUUGCGUAGUUUUGUGGGAUCAAAUGAUGCUAAUAGUGUACCUAGCAAUUCAGCUGAAAAGAGUAUCCCAACAUCUAUAUCCCUUAUUCAAGCGUCUUCUAAUAAUGACUCGUCGUCUAAUUCUAAUGUCGUAAUACUUCAACCAAGCGAAAGUGAAAAAAUAGUAGAUAAUUAUUGCUGUAGACUACGCCAACUACUAGAGUCAAAGAUUUAUGCACUUAGAUUAACUGUGAAAUAUCGUGAAAACUUAACACUAGCUUCCAAAAUGCACCAUUCGGGUCAGCUGGUUUCCAAGUGUCUAACCAAUACAAACUUAAAGGUUGUAGACACUUCAAAUCAUGAUAACAGUGUUCAUCAAUAUGAUUCACAAUCGUUGUCAUGUAGACUUCAAUCCGGACAUUUUAUAACCAAAGAUGUUUAUUGUUGCAUUUUGAACUCAGAUGUAGAAAAUUUGCAUAAUGUUGCUAUGAUUGGUCAACAUACGUCGACAAAUAACCAUAGACAUGCAUUUUUAGAAAAUUGUUUCAAUUUAGCUAAUGAGAAACGCGAACGUUUGGCAAAUAAAUUACGUACAGAGAAUUGGCAAAAACAAGAAUUACUCACAUUAUAUCACACAUCUGUACGGGAAAUAACUGAACUCAAUAGUUAGCCUAUUUAUUUUGGCUAGAUGAAUCAAUAAUUAUUAGAAAACCCUCAAACAACGUGAUUUACAAAUCUUAGAACUUACGAUGAAAAUAGAACAACUUGAGGGUUUACCGAAAAGUACUAGUCGAUGUGAUUCUGUCAGUCAUGCCGGAUAUAUUGCAACAACAACAGCGUUGACAGAGUCAUCAAGUGAUUCGGUUGAUGACCCUACAAAAUAUUGUUUAGGUGACAAACAGUUCGCAUCUAAUAAACAACAUGAUGUAAGUCAAACGAAUUUCUCCCAUAUCUUUUAUGAUACGAACAAAAAAGCACUUGAUGCACAUUAUUUUAGUGCUUAUGCUUUCUACGGAUUCGGUAUUUUUAUUUCAGAGCUUUAUCUAUUUUUGAGCUACCACGUACCCAAACUCAGUUUCUGAUACAGCUGUGAUUAGUCAUCAGUUUAUAGUAUAUGUCUGAAAUUUGGGACAUAUUCUGCAACAGUGAAAAUUGAUAAGUCUUGCUAAAUAAAUGCUCGAUCCGGUUUCCUAGCCGCUUCUAAUAACCCCAGGCUAAAUCUACACGACAGCUUGAAUAUAAGAGAAAAGGUACAAAGGCCAAUGAUAAGGAUUUAUUUAACUCACAAAAUAAAUCAAAGUGAUUUAAAAAUAUACUACACUUUAUGUGAUUUAUUUGCAGUUAGAUUAACAGACAGAUUUGUAUAAAUUAAACUGCGUUGUAUUUAACGAUAAUAAUUCAUAUAUAUCAUAUUAUGCAAUUAAGCAUCUGUAAUCCUUCCUAAAAUGUUAUUAGAUCCAUAUCAGUUUCAUAUAUCAUUCCCACUCCAAUUGAUUGAGCUAUUACUCGCUAUAUCAGAAAUAUUCCAAGGCAGUUUCUUAUUUCAAAUUUAUUUUAAUCGCAUAAUGGACCCAUGCGUGUUUUACAAAUGCUAACGUUUUACGAAUAGUGGACUAGUCAACAUAUCCCAGUUCUAUUCUGUUAUGAUCAGGUAGGGUUUGAUUUAUACCCUCAAGAUUACUGUUCGUACAAUCUUUUGAUUAAUCACAACAUUAUAUUUGUUAUCCAUCAAAAAUAGUUGUUACUGACAUCUUAGUUCAUAAAUGUGUGCAUAUUUAAUUACAUUUCAUAUUUACACAUUGGACUUGACAAUUUAAAAGUACUCAGCUGCCUCCUGUGUUUCUUUUUGUGGUAACAUCCUUCAGAAAAAUGACAUUAUCCUCUUACCAUAUUUUUCAUUUAUUACUUGCCGAGAUCACCUCAGUAUCAUCGACUCAUUAAGUUAGUGACUAAAGUAUGAUCUUAAUUUGAGUCCUUAAGUAUUUUCUUUAAUUAAAACACGCAUAAUAAUUUAUGCCCAUAGUAAAAUUAAUCAAGAAACAGCCUUUUGCUGUUUUUUUGAACACUGACUUCAGGCUUCUUAGGAUUCUUAUUCUAAAAGAGUUAUUUAUUUGAAUGUAAUAAACUAGUAAUUGAUUUUAUAUAUUGUAAUCAUAUUAUUGAUGAGAGAAAUACUUCCAUAAAAUUGAUUCUUAUUAUUUCUAGGUGUCAUCUCUGCUGCCAACAUGCAAUAUAGGGCAAUUGUUUACUAGUACCUCGACAAAUACACGUGGUAACAUACUUGUCCACUCUGACUCAGUAAAGCAUGAUAAUAGUGGUAGUAAUAAUACUUUUUUACAGACUUCUAGAUUUUGUGCAUCAGCCAUCCCAUCCAUAACUUCAUUCACAGACUUUGCAAGCUAUAAUUACCCCGCAAUUUAUGCUCAUACAACUUAUCAUUAUAAAGGCAAACAGAAUCUAAUCUUCACAAGACCUGCUACUACUACUUUCCACACUAACUUAUCUUCAUCUUGUUUGUUGACUUCUCGAAUAUGUUCCUCCUCGUCGUCGUCGUCAUCGUCAUCUACAAAUAUGAGCUGUGCGGUGCAUGCAGACGUACAGACACUCAAUAACUAUAAAGAAUCAUCUGUUAUUACAUCAAUCAACAGUAGCUGCCCAAUUGUACAUCAACUACAUCACCGGGAAUAGCAGCAAUAACCGCCUGCUGAUAUAAAGUAAUUCACUACAUUCAUUGUCGUUAUAAUUAUACACGAAUUUAUGAGUGUUUUUCCUAACUUUAAAUGAAGAUACAUGUACCUGUGAGAUAUAUAUUACUUUUUUUUCAUGAAAAUAGCGUUAUAUUAAAAGAGAGAGGUUUCAU